CAGCUAGUCUGGUGUUUUGUCGGCAGAGAUGUAACACAAUUCAUCCGCUUUUAUGGCCACACGCUGUUUUACAUCCACCACAACGGAGCGAGCUUUCUCCACCAAGUGUCUUUGCUUUAAAGCCCUCGACCAGGUCCCAGUUUGUGGUUCAGCAGUGAAGCCGUUCUCCAUCUGAGCAUCAGUCACUCUUCAGUUUUCCUGGUCGCCAUGCUUCACUGACAUCACUUUACAGACUGAGUAUUUGCUGGCUGAGCUGACUGCCAUGCCACAACCAAAUGGCUACUCCAUCAACUCGGCGCCUUCGAACGACGGCGAGGACGAUGAGCCCCUCAUCGAGACCGAUGCAGUUCCUCCUCAGUGCUGCUCGGCUCGCCUCAACCUCGCCUUCCUCAUGUUCCUGGGGUUCUCCGUGGUCUACGGUCUCCGUGUCAACCUCAGUGUUGCCAUGGUCGCCAUGGUGAACACCACUGACCCCAGACCAGCCCAGAACAGGUCCAUCAUCCACGCUUGUCCACUGCCGCCGGGGACGGAAAACAAUAGUGACGUGUUCCUACAACCUGCGGGGACCCCUCAGUACCCGUGGGACUCGGAGACUCAGGGCUGGCUCCUGGGGGCUUUCUUCUUCGGCUACCUGAUCACACAGAUCCCUGGAGGUUACCUGGCCGGUCACUACGGGGGGAGUAUCUUCAUGGGUUUGGGUGUGCUGGGCACGGCUGCCCUCACCCUCCUCACCCCUCUGGCUGCUCAGUUCGGGCCGUACUGGCUGUUUGCGCUGCGAGCUUUGGAGGGCUUCGGGGAGGGCGUGACAUUCCCGGCCAUGAUGGCGAUGUGGGCUCGGUGGGCCCCUCCUCUGGAGCGCUCUCGCCUGAUGACCCUGUCGGGAUCCGGGGCCAGCUUUGGAGCCUUCCUGGCUCUGCCGCUCACCGGCUACAUCUGCCAAACUCUGGGCUGGCCUGCUGUCUUCUACCUCUGUGGGGGUGCUGGCUGCCUCUGGGCCGUCUUUUGGUUUAUUUUUGUGUCUGAUGACCCUCGCACUCAUCGUCGAAUCAGCGAAGAGGAGAGAGAUUACAUCAUAAACUCUAUUGGACCUCAGGGUAAAGGUCACGGCUGGUCCGUGCCCGUGCUGCCCAUGAUGCUGUCCGUCCCCCUGUGGGCGAUCAUCAUCACCCAGAUGUGUUCAAACUGGUCCUUCUACACCCUGCUCACCUCUCUGCCCACCUACAUGAACGACAUCCUGCACUUUGACCUCCAGUCGAACGGUUUCCUGUCCGCUCUGCCGUACCUCGGCGGCUGGUUGUUCUCCACGCUGUCCGGGGUCGUGGCCGACAGCCUCAUCGAGAAGAAGGUGUUCAGCGUCACCGUCGUACGGAAGCUCUUCACACUCACAGGGAUGUUGCUGCCUGCAGCUUUCCUCGCCGCCUUGGGUUACGCCGGCUGCAGCCACAUCCUCACCGUCACCUUCCUCACACUGUCCACAACCACAGGAGGGACCAGCUCCGCCGGAGUCUUCAUGAACCAGAUAGACAUCGCUCCUCGAUACGCAGGAUUUCUCCUGGGAAUCACCAACACGUUCGGGACCAUUCCUGGUGUCGUGGCACCGAUCGUUACAGGAUACUUCACAAAAGACCACACGCUGGAGGGCUGGAGGAUGGUGUUCUGGGUCGCAGCCGGGAUCAACGUCGGUGGCGCUCUCUUCUACAUGAUAUUUGGCAGCGGGAAGAUUCAGCCGUGGGCCAUCACAGAGGAGGAGAGGGCAGAGGCGGGGAAAAAGAGGAGCAGGUCCAUCUCGACAUGAACAUAAAUACAUCCGACACACCGCCAUGACACAAAGACAACACCACAGACAAACCUUUAUUUUUGGAUUUUAAUUAGUGUACCGAGAGUCAGAGACUUAGAGUUCUGCCUCUGUGAAUUGCCUUAUAUAUAUAUAUAUAUAUAUAUAUAUAUAUCAUACAAAAUGAAGAGUGUGAGAGGUUUAUCUCCACACAAAAAACAGAUAUAAAAAAUGUGGCCACAGAACAAUAGUAUUAGGUAAACAAGGCAAAACAUUCAUAUCAUUCAACCACUAUAUCUUGGUGAUGUAAUAUUGGUUUCCACAGUGUUUUAUCUAUAAUAUGUAGCUGUGUUUCUGGGGCCAGUUGCACAAAACACCUUAUGUUAAGAUAUUUACUUAAAGUCUGAGUUAACAUUUUCCUUAAAAUAAA